UCCAGAGUUCCCUAGGAUUUUUAGCUCAGCCCCUGGGGCUGCAGGAGCGCAUGUGUGGCGCGUGGGGCAUGCGUCGGAGGUCCCCCUCCCCCCCCCUCUCCCCGCGGGCCUCGGUUCAAACGACCCAGUGGGUCGGUGGGUCGAGAGCAGAAGGGAGGGAGAGAAGGUAGGAGCUCGGGUCUCCCUCACUGGCCUUCCUCCCAACCCAAGCCGCCCAGCCCCAUGGUCCCCGCCGCCGGCGCGCUGCUCUGGGCCCUGCUGCUGAGUCUGGGGUCCCGGGCGGCGGGGGCCCAAGACCAGACCCAGACUCGGGCAGGGAUACAGCCAGUCAGCUUCCGCUUUGGGGGUCCUAUGACCCGCAGCUACCGGAGUAGCGCCCGCACCAGUCUUCCCCGGAAGACGAGGAUAACUCUGGAGGAUGAGAAUGACGCCUUGGCCAACGCCGACCGCCUGGCAGGUCCGGCGGCUGCCGAGCUCUUGGCCUCCACAGUGUCCACAGGCGUCGGCCGGUCGCCCGACUACAGUGAGGAGGAUGGGUCUUCAGAAGAGGGGGUUGUAAUUAAUGCCAGAAAGAACACCGACAAGUCCUAUACGACUCCCAAUUCAGCGAGGGGUUCCAGUACGAGAUUUAUAGCCAAUAGCCAGGAGGCCGAAAUCAGGCUGACUUCAAACGUGCCGCGCUCCAGCUGGAAGUCUACUGGGGACCUGCUGAGCUCCGAUGCCACCCUGAGCCGGUGGUCGACAGCUGGGUCCACCCCUGCGAGGCGGUGGCCAUCACCCUCACCCACAGCCAUGCCACCUCCCGAGGAUCUGAGGCUGAUGCUGUUGCCUUGGGGCCCGUGGCACUGCCACUGCAGGUCAGGCACCAUGAGCCGGACCCGGGCUGGGAAGCUGCGGGGCCUCUCCGGGCGCCUUAGAGUUGGGGCGCUGAGCCAACUCCGUACGGAGCACCGGCCUUGCACCUACCAGCAAUGUCCUUGCAACCGGCUUCGGGAGGAAUGCCCUCUGGACACAGGUCUCUGUCAUGACACCAACUGUGCAUCUCAAACCACCACCAGUACCAGCACCACCACUUCUACCCCCUUCCCCAGCAUCCACCUCAGACGCAGACCCAGCCUGCCGCCCCUUGGCCCCAGACCCAGCCCAGCUCUUGCUUUUUGGAAAAGGGUCAGGAUUGGCCUGGAGGAUAUUUGGAAUAGCCUCUCUUCAGUGUUCACAGAGAUGCAACCAAUAGACAGAAACCAGAGGUAAUGGCCACUUCAUCCACAAGAAGAGGUGUCAGCAUCUCAACCCCCUUUCAAACCCACUAGAUAUUCUUAGUACAGAAAAACAAAACUAGAAAAAA